CCGCUCCAGCUCGCUAGCAGAGACACCUCCGCCUUCCCCCAGCCGCGGCAGAAGCUUCAGCAGGAACAGCCUAGGCGGUGUGGGCUCACUGGGGGCCCCUCCGAGUCCGGGGAGGCGGGUAAUGGUCUGGGUGCUUGCGAAGGAGGCAGCGCGGCGCCCCAAGAUCCCGGGCUAGGAGGCGGGGAAUCCUUUAGAGCAGAGGCGGCGGCCUCUGGGCAGUGACAGGUGCAGAGUCCCAACAGAGAGGGAAGAAAAGGAGGAGCUGCUCCCAGGCACUGGGACCCACCUGCAGCAGCAGGAGUAACAGCGAUGCCGACCAUGCGGAGAACCGUGUCCGAGAUCCGCUCCCGGGCCGAGGGCUAUGAGAAGACAGAUGAUGUUUCAGAGAAAACUUCGCUGGCUGAUCAGGAAGAAAUAAGGACUAUAUUUCUCAACCAACCUCAACUGACCAAGUUCUGCAAUAACCACGUGAGCACAGCCAAGUACAACAUCAUCACAUUCCUGCCAAGAUUUCUGUACUCUCAGUUCAGAAGAGCUGCAAAUUCAUUUUUUCUCUUUAUUGCAUUGCUUCAGCAAAUACCUGAUGUGUCACCAACAGGUCGCUAUACAACACUGGUUCCUCUCUUAUUUAUCUUAGCAGUGGCAGCUAUCAAGGAGAUCAUCGAAGAUAUUAAACGGCACAAGGCUGAUAAUGCAGUGAAUAAGAAGCAGACACAAGUUUUGAGAAAUGGUGCUUGGGAAAUUGUUCACUGGGAAAAGGUGGCAGUAGGGGAGAUAGUGAGAGUGACCAAUGGGGAACACCUCCCAGCAGAUCUCAUCAGUCUUUCUUCAAGUGAACCCCAGGCCAUGUGUUACAUUGAAACAUCCAACUUAGAUGGUGAAACUAACCUGAAAAUACGACAGGGUUUGCCAGCAACAUCAGAGAUUAAGGAUAUUGACAGUUUAAUGAGAAUUUCUGGCAGAAUUGAGUGUGAGAGUCCUAAUCGACAUCUUUAUGAUUUUGUUGGCAAUAUUAGGCUUGAUGGACAUGGAACUGUUCCCUUGGGAGCUGAUCAAAUUCUUCUACGAGGAGCUCAAUUGAGAAAUACACAGUGGGUUCAUGGAAUAGUGGUCUAUACUGGACAUGAUACCAAGCUUAUGCAGAAUUCAACAAGCCCACCCCUGAAGCUCUCCAAUGUGGAACGGAUUACAAACAUACAAAUUCUGAUUUUAUUUUGUAUCUUGAUUGCCAUGUCUCUAAUCUGUUCCAUUGGUUCAGCUAUUUGGAAUCGAAGGCAUUCUGGAAGGGACUGGUAUCUCAAUCUCAAUUAUGGUGGAGCUAACAAUUUUGGAUUGAAUUUCUUGACUUUUAUCAUCCUUUUCAACAACCUCAUUCCAAUCAGCUUGUUGGUUACAUUGGAAGUUGUUAAAUUUACCCAGGCUUACUUCAUAAAUUGGGAUCUAGAUAUGCACUAUGAACCUACAGACACUUCUGCUAUGGCUCGGACAUCCAAUCUUAAUGAAGAACUUGGCCAGGUUAAAUACAUAUUUUCUGACAAAACUGGUACCCUGACUUGCAAUGUAAUGCAGUUUAAGAAAUGUACAAUAGCCGGAAUUGCUUAUGGCCAUUUCCCUGAACCUGAGGAUUAUGGGUACUCUACUGAAGAUUGGCAGGGCUCACAGCCUGGAGAAGAAAAAACAUUUAAUGAUUCAUCAUUGCUGGAAAAUCUCCAAAGUAAUCAUCCAACUGCACCUAUUAUAUGCGAAUUUCUUACAAUGAUGGCCAUUUGUCAUACAGCAGUACCAGAACGAGAAGGUGAUAAGAUUAUUUACCAAGCAGCAUCUCCAGAUGAAGGAGCCCUGGUCAGAGCUGCUAAACAGUUGAACUUUGUUUUCACUGGAAGAACACCUGAUUCAGUCAUCAUAGAUUCUCUUGGACAGGAAGAAAGAUAUGAAUUACUUAAUGUCCUGGAGUUCACCAGCACCAGAAAAAGAAUGUCAGUGAUUGUCCGCACUCCAUCUGGGAAGUUACGGCUCUACUGCAAAGGAGCAGACACUGUAAUUUAUGAUCGUCUAGCUGAAAGUUCAAAAUAUAAGGAAAUUACUUUAAAACAUUUAGAGCAGUUUGCUACAGAAGGGUUAAGGACUUUGUGUUUUGCUGUGGCUGAGAUUUCAGAAAGUGACUUUCAGGAAUGGCGUUCAGUAUAUGAGCGAGCGUCAAGUGCUAUACAAAACAGGUUGCUCAAACUGGAGGAGAGUUAUGAGUUAAUUGAAAAGAAUCUUCAGCUACUUGGAGCCACAGCCAUUGAAGACAGAUUACAGGAUCAAGUGCCUGAGACCAUAGAGACUCUGAUGAAAGCUGACAUCAAAAUCUGGAUCCUCACAGGAGAUAAGCAAGAAACUGCCAUUAACAUUGGGCAUUCUUGCAAACUUUUGAAGAAGAACAUGGGCAUGAUCGUCAUAAACGAAGGGUGUCUUGAUGCAACAAGAGAAACCCUCAGCCAUCAUUGUACUACCCUUGGUGAUGCUCUCAGGAAGGAAAAUGAUUUUGCUCUAAUAAUCGAUGGCAAAACUCUGAAGUAUGCCUUAACAUUUGGAGUGAGACAGUACUUCCUGGAUUUAGCUUUGUCCUGCAAAGCUGUUAUUUGUUGCAGGGUAUCACCUCUGCAAAAAUCUGAAGUUGUAGAGAUGGUUAAAAAACAAGUUAAAGUCAUAACACUGGCAAUUGGGGAUGGAGCAAAUGAUGUUAGCAUGAUACAGACAGCACAUGUUGGUGUUGGCAUAAGUGGCAAUGAAGGACUGCAAGCAGCUAAUUCUUCUGAUUACUCCAUUGCACAGUUCAAGUAUCUGAAGAACUUACUGAUGGUCCAUGGAGCCUGGAACUACAACCGAGUGUCCAAAUGUAUCCUCUACUGCUUCUACAAGAAUAUAGUGCUCUAUAUUAUCGAGAUCUGGUUUGCCUUUGUAAAUGGCUUUUCUGGACAAAUUCUGUUUGAACGCUGGUGUAUAGGCCUUUACAACGUGAUGUUUACUGCAAUGCCUCCACUCACUCUUGGAAUAUUUGAGAGAUCUUGUCGAAAAGAGAAUAUGCUGAAGUAUCCAGAAUUAUACAAAACGUCUCAGAAUGCAUUGGAUUUCAACACUAAGGUUUUCUGGGUUCAUUGUUUAAAUGGCCUCUUCCACUCAGUUAUUCUGUUUUGGUUUCCACUAAAAGCCCUCCAGUAUGGUACCGUGUUUGGAAAUGGAAAAACUUCUGAUUAUCUGUUGUUGGGAAACAUUGUUUACACUUUUGUAGUGAUUACUGUGUGUUUGAAAGCUGGAUUGGAGACAUCAUAUUGGACUUUGUUCAGCCAUAUAGCAAUUUGGGGCAGCAUUGCACUCUGGGUGGUGUUUUUUGGAAUCUACUCAUCUUUAUGGCCUGCUGUUCCUAUGGCACCUGAUAUGUCAGGAGAGGCAGCCAUGCUCUUUAGUUCUGGAGUCUUCUGGAUGGGACUAUUAUUUAUUCCUGUGACAUCUUUGCUUCUUGACAUUGUAUACAAAGUAAUCAAGAGAGCCACUUUUAAAACACUGGUUGAUGAAGUUCAGGAGCUGGAGGCAAAAUCCCAAGAUCCAGGGGCAGUUGUGCAUGGAAAAAGUCUAACAGAAAGAGCACAACUUUUGAAGAAUGUCUUUAAGAAAAAUCAUGUGAACUUGUACCGUUCUGAGUCUUUGCAACAAAACCUACUCCAUGGGUAUGCUUUCUCUCAAGAUGAAAAUGGAAUAGUUUCACAGUCUGAAGUGAUUAGAGCUUAUGACACCACAAAACAAAGACCAGAUGAAUGGUGAAAGGGGCUUUGCUUAAGAAGUGGGCUCGAAUUCUUACUUCCGUAAGACAACCUACUAGGUCUUUACUGGAAUCCGAGAAAUAAUUCCAGACCAGGAAGUUACAGAAAAGAUCCGUGCUGAUGUCGUUGCGUGAAGUUCAGAUUCAUCUGUUCUGUAGACAUAAGCACUGUGCGACUAUACUGUAACAACAUCUCUUUCAAAGUUUUAUAAACAAGUAUUUGCUUAAUCUUUGUAAACAGAAGUUGAAAAUGACCUUGUAUCCUGCCAGACUGCUUACUUAAAAUGAGGCUCUUUCGGUGUUGUUCUUACUCCACACCUUGGGAUAAAGCUAAUGCUGAGGUUACUGAAUAUACCAUGAUGACAGACCUUUACCAUUUAUGAAAAAUGUGAAAUGGCAUUAUGUCAAAGAGGGACUGGUAACAAGACUCAGAUUCAAAAUGAGCUGAAAACCAGCAUUUUUAAGGGGCGGACUCACCUUCUUGAGCAAAAUGUCUAAGCAAGGCAUCAAUUGUUAGUUGUCAAAACCGUCCUAAUAAAUGUUUGCCAAAGAAGUUCAAUAAAUGUAUUUCUCUUUCAGUAGCCAUUUGCACAGAAAUGUCAAAGGAAGUUUCCUUCUUGUCAUUUUGUCAGAACUGCAUGCCUGACUUUUUAUCUAUAAGAUGAUCAGUUUGCAAAAAUGAGUCAAAUUCAGGUUUUGUCUAUGGCGUUUGCUACUAAAAUCUGUAACGUUUUGCACCUUCAGCCUUACGAAUGCUUCUUUCUUCCUUGUCUCGUUUAUCUGUCAGUGUCAGAGAGAUACAUUUUAAUGUGGCUACCCUCUUAGUUGUGAUGGUAAUUUUCUAAUGUUGUGUUUAUAUCUAUUAGCCAGCUCUAGUGUAUUUCCAUCUUUUUCUAUGAUGUUUCUGCUCUAAAUUUUGUGGCCUGACAUGGUAUUGUAAAGUCCUAAGAGGAGCUUUUUUUUUCCACUUGAGAAAAAUACAUUUGCAUAUUUAUAUGAUAUUUCCAAAGUUUCUGUUCAAAUAUUUGGAAUACCACAUCAGAUAAAUGCAUUUGCUUUUAUAAUCUACUUUGGUUUUACCUUCCAAUUCCCUAGAUGUUACUGCUGUCUUAUACAGCCAAACCAUGUGUCAUCUAUAUUUAAGAAUGAGUAAUUAGUUUGCAGUUCAGUUGUCAGAGGUAGCUACCGCAUUUCUUUUAACUAAAAUUAAUCACGUGCUAAUGGAAAAAACACAUUUUCAACUUACAAAAAAAAUUGCCCAUUUUACCCAAGUCAUAGUUUGGAAAUGAGGAGCACUUCUCAUUAUAAAUAGGUUGUAUUGAUAUAUUUCUUAAAUGAAUGUUUACUUCAUUUAGCACUUCUGAACCAUCUAUUAAAAAUGCCUAUUUUGCUACCAAAAGCAAGUGACAAAAUAUAUUUGACAAAGCAUGAACAAAUUUGUAUUCCCAUUUUAAACAUAUUGCUUUUAUUUUAGAUAAAGAGAAUUCCAAUUUUCAGAUACAUAUACAGAUUGAAACACGUGUUGCCUUUUAGUGAGUAGCAGAUUUUGCCUUUCAGUGGACUUAGAUUCCUAAGAGAUGAAACAUGCUUUUUUUUCUUAAGCAAAGCCUUUUGUUGGGUUGGGUUUUUUUGAAAAAUUUUUUUUAUGUAAAACAUUUCCAUAUUAGUCAUUUCGUAAGCCUUUUGUUUUUAAGAAAGGAGAGCUUACUAAAUCAACCUUUGAGUUUCACAGGUACACAGUCAUUAUUCUAAAUUCAAAUCUGAAAUAAUUAGGUCAUAUCUUAAGGGCAUCUGAGGUCCCUUUCAGUUUUGGACUUCUUUGGUUCUAUGGCAAUCAUUUCACUCACUGUAUCCGCAGCUAUUCUCUACUUACUCCUUUGCCAAGUAAAUUCCCCUUCCUUCCUCUCUGUCAAAUCUGAAUCUACAGAAAGAUGUCACACAUUCAAUUUAGUUUUAGUCUAGGGUCUGUUCACUUCCAACCCAUAUUCAGAGAUAUAGAUUUAAGGAAUCAUAAUCCAGAAAGAUCAUUGAAAAGUUUUGUAUUGAAUGGUAGAGCUAUUUUCUGAAUUAUGUCAUCUUUGAAGUUUAAAAUUUAUAAUGUCUAAAAAUAUUUAUUCCUUCUUUUAAAUGUGUCUUUAGUCAACCCUUCCCUGGGUCCAUAUAUGCUUUUAUGUUCUACCCAAGUGAAAACAGUUUAGAUAAAACCACAAAUAUUCAAAAAGAAGUAAAUAUAUCCCAUCUGCAAAAAAAACAGGGCUUUCAAAAAGAUUCAUCUUCUACUUCUAUUUCCUGCCCCUCAUCAGUCUCACUCUUCCCAAGACCUUAACUUCCAAAAGUUAUCAAUGGGAUAGAAUUGAAUUUCUUGGCCUGAAGGUAAUAUUUAAAUUAUUGAUCCAUGAUUUACUUUGGUGAAAUUCGUUAACAUUAAUAGGAUAUACCUAUAUAAAUGGUUCUCUUUAAAUUUACAAAAUUAAACACUAAUCUAUCAUGACUCAAUUUCUACUAGCAGUUGAGUUACAGUCUGGCAUAGAGAAUAGGGUGCUGGAUUUAAAGAAAAGAAGACAAUUCAAAUUCUGCCACUGAUACUUAGUGUGGCCAACAUAAUUUACCUCUCUGAGCCUCAUUUGCCUCAUCUCUAGAGUGAAGACUAUAAUCCCUGUAGUACCUGUUUCAUGGGGUUGGUAGGAUAUUAUAAAAUGAGAAUAUAAAGCAUUUUGUAAACUUUCAAGCACUAUUCUGUUAUCAGUAUUAUCCACAUUUCUGUUCCAAAAAAAGAAUCUUUUAACAGAAAAAGCCAUCUCUUUGUUUUCAUUAAAUCAAACCUUAGUGAAACUUAAAAUAUGCUAUUUAAUCAUAGGGUCUUUACCUUUAUAAAGCAAAUAACAACUACUCUAAGAUUUCUUGUUACCUUCUUUGUAAGAAAAAACGUUUUCGCAGGAUUAAUAGAGCUGAGGUACACUCAUUCUACCUUCCUCUCUUUGUAGCCUAUUCCAAGGCAGAAUGUCUGUCUUGGAAAUCAGACAUCCCAUGUUGAUUUUUACUAUUAGGCACAAAGGAAACAUUGCUUCACAAGAACUACCACUAUAAAUUUGAGUCCAUGUGGAAAUCUUAACUUAUCUAGCUGUAUCAGGAUUUUGAUUGUAUAUUUGCACCAAGCAUUUGCUUAUUUUCUAAAAAAAAAUUAACAACCUAAUGGUGUUUCUCAGGAAGUUAGUAAAAAAAUGUGGAAAUGGUCCAGAUACUUUAGUGGAGAAAAAAGACUUUAGGCAAUCCUUGCCUAUUACUAACCAGGUCAGAUGUGCAACACACUUUAACAUGUUCCCUGCUCAAUAGAGUAGUUUCAUGCAUUUUGUGUAUGCUUAUUAAACUAAGCCAGUGACUCCUGCUAAUUUCAAGCAAGUAAAAUGGUCAGUUAUUGAAUAUUAAAUCUUAUUGUGAAAUAUUAUAAUUUCUGAACUCAGUAUUGUGAAAUUCUGCAAAAUGUGUAGUGCUUAAUAAUAACUUUGUAUUUAAAAUCCCCUUUCAUAAACAAUGCCAACUAUAAAUCAUUGAUUUCUUACAAACAGUUGUGAAAUGCUUAUAACCAUGUCAUAAUUAUUGCAUAGCUAAGUAAUCCUCAAUGGUUUUUGUAUGUAUGUGAAAUUGCCUUUUGGCAGCUCCUCAUUUGAAAAGUCUUUCUGCAAAUAAAUCAGUAGGCCUAGGAAUAAUCAGUUUCUAACAAAAAUUGUUCCCCCACAUAACUGCUAGACACACACACACACACGGACCAGGUUUGUGUGGUUCUCUUUGUAAAGCAUGUAACACCACCCAUGAUUAGGUGCCUAAUAAAUGAGAUGAUGAUGAUGAUAGUGAAAAUUUCUACUAUGCCUAUGAAAGGUUACCAUAUUGUGAAUUUUUUCUCAUUUAAAUUACUAAAUGUCAUUUAUGAAAUUUCUACUUUGUUGCAUUUUAAUUAACCUUGGACAGCUAUAAAAUUGGGAUGUAUGUUAAAUUUUAAAGGAAAGGAAAUGAAUUUUUCCCUUUUAAAAUCUCAAUUCACUUUCUAUGUAAAAGCAGCUGUGUUUUUGAUGAGUUUAUGGUUUGUCUGCAUGAAUUAAUAUUUUGAAAUGGCCUAAGCAAAUGCAUGGCUUUUGCUAUAAAUCUUGAUAUUUCUUUCUGCCUUCCAAAGUCAUAUCAUAGUAUAUCCAAGAAUUAGUGUUUGGUAGGCAAAAUGAUUGGUCCUCAGUUUGACCUUUUUAGACAAGUAUAUUCUUUUCAAACAAAUUUCAGCAGAUUUAACUAAAUCAUUUAUUUGGAUUGAUUGACUGAAUUUUGCGUUUUAAAGUUUCUUGGCAAAUAAACCUCUUAAGUAGGAAAUAUGGUAGCAUUCUGAAGAUUGGAUUUUCAUAUCUGCUUAUUCCUAAUUCUGACUUUCUAUAAGUGAAUUUCUUGUUGUAAAAAUGUGACCGGAAUAUAUAAAAAGAUUAUGUUUGUGUUUUGUUGUUCUAGAAUAGAAGCCAUAAAGACAGUUAGCAGUGGGAUUUUUCCUACCUUGAGCUUCAUUUUUGACUUAAGUAUUGCAAUGUAUAUUAAGUGAAUGUGCUGCAUUGAAAGCAGAAACUAGGCAAAACUUCAGCUUGCAUUAAAGGGAAGGUAGGAUUGUCUGACAGCACCACACUGUUACUGCAAAAGCUGUUGUGAGACCUUCACAGUUGCAUGAGUGGAGAGUUGUUUGACUCUGUGUUUAUGGUAGUUUUCUCAGGUUUGUUUUAACUUGA